GUCACGGUCGUAAGGGCAUCGUAGCUCCGCUCCCCGCCCCUACGCCAUCCACCCUACGGAUCUAAAUUUAUCGUGUAACCCGCCCUUCGACUUGCAGCGUUUCGAUCUGCGGAACGAGAAAAUUGCCAAGAAGAGUAAACAUGAUCACUAUCAACGUCGUACACUGAUAAGCGAAGGAUAAGCCAGCUCAGGGCCCAACUCUCCCCCCUCCCCAACCCCUCCAGCCAAUCGCCCGUCCCGGUCAGUAUCCGCGUGGCGCGACGAGGCCUCGUCUACCGGCCCUCGCUACCCGAAGCCGCGGUCAUGGAGGUGGACGAGAACAACAAUAGCAUCGGAAGCAUCGACGGCAGCGUCGAGGAUAUUACGGAGGCUGAGAAAUGUUGCUCCAAGACCAAGCGGCUGAUUGCCGAUCAGGGUAGCGGCAGGUGCAUGAGCACCCAGGCGAUGCAGUCGCUCUACGACCUGAGGCAAAACAAUUUACUCUGCGACGCCGUAAUCAGGCUCGAGGACGGCGGCGUUUUCCCCAUACACCGAGCCAUCCUCUCCGCCUGCAGCACGUACUUCAGAACGCUCUUUACAACGACGCUCCACUCCAAGGAGAAGACGGACUUCCUUCUACCCAACGUCAGCAGCAAGAUAAUGAAUCUUCUCCUCGAGUACGCGUACCUACGGACGCUGGAAAUCAGGCAGGACAACGUCUGCCAGCUCCUCCAAAGCGCCGACUACCUUAACAUCCCUGGUGUCCUCGAGCUCUGCUGCGACUAUCUCCGACUGAAUUUGACCCCGGAGAACUGCAUCGGCAUCAUGCUCUUCGCCAGGGAGUACUUCUGCAGAAACCUCGAGAUCGACGCGCGCCGAUACAUACUCCGCAAUUUCGUGCAGGUCUCCCAGAGGAGUAACGAGAUCCUAAUACUGCCGAUCGCGGAGUUGACGGUGCUGAUCGGAGAAGACGAGGUGAACGUUAAGAAUGAGGAGACGGUGUGGGAGCUGGUGCUCCGUUGGGUCAAUCACGAGGCGGAGGGCCGGAAGGGUCAUAUUGUCGAGCUCAUGCGGAAUAUACGGCUUGGUCUCCUCGAUACCCAGUUCUUUCUCGAGAACGUGAAGGAUCAUCCUUACGUGGCAGGGAACGAGGCCUGUCGACCCAUCAUCAUCGAGACACUCAAGUUCCUCUACGACCUCGAAAUGAUCACGCAGAAGGACGGCGAGAUGCCAACCCCGGAGAUCGCGAGGCCGCGGGUGCCGCACGAGAUACUCUUUGCCAUUGGCGGAUGGAGCGGUAGCGAGGCGACCGACCUCAUCGAAACCUACGACACGAGAGCGGAUCGUUGGGUCAAGGUAUCGCACGUUGAUCCAUCUGGGCCAAGGGCUUAUCAUGGCACGGCCGUUGUCGGAUACAAUAUCUACGUGAUCGGCGGCUUUAACGGAAUGGACUUCUUUAAUAGCUGUAGAUGCUUCAACGCCGUGACGAAAAUUUGGAGGGAGGUCGCGCCGAUGAACGCCAGAAGGUCGUACGUGAGCGUGGCCGUUCUCAACGACAUCAUAUACGCGAUGGGCGGCUUUGACGGCUACCAUCGUCAAAACACCGCCGAGCGCUACGAUUAUCGGCGCAAUCAGUGGUCCCUCAUCGCUCCCAUGAACGUUCAGAGAUCGGAUGCGAGCGCCACGGCAUUGAACGGUAAAAUCUACAUAACGGGUGGAUUCAAUGGUCGGGAGUGCAUAAGUUCCGUCGAAGUUUACGAUCCGCACACUAACCAGUGGACCAUGAUUACCCCGAUGAGGUCGCGUCGAAGCGGAGUCUCCUGCAUCGCUUAUCACGGCUGCGUUUACGCUAUAGGAGGAUUCAAUGGUGUAUCGAGGAUGUGUUGCGGAGAAAAGUACAGACCGUCCACCAACAGCUGGACACGUAUACCCGACAUGUACAAUCCGCGGAGUAACUUUGCCAUCGAGAUAAUCGACGAUAUGAUUUUUGCUAUAGGCGGUUUUAAUGGCGUCACGACGACUUAUCACGUUGAAUGUUACGAUGAGAAGACUAACGAAUGGUACGAGGCAACGGACAUGAAUAAGUAUCGCUCGGCCGUGUCCGCCUGCGUCAUCACGACCCUACCCAACGUUUACGAUUAUAUCCACAAGGAUCGGGAGCGGCUGAUGCGUCAGAAGCAGCUCUUCGCCCUCGAAGUGCAGCAAAUGCAGCAGCAGCAACAACAUCAGCAACAGCCGUCCCAGGUCAACAAUCGCAACACUCAUCAGCUUGUCGUCUUAUCAAAUCAGCAGCAGUAUUAUCAUCAACGCCAACGCCAGUCGAGACAGUAGGAAGAUAUCGCGGGCCUCCGUGCGCUAUGCAAAAGAUCCAAAAUUCUUAUUGGAUUAAGCCAAUCUGUUUUACCCAAUGAGCUAUCUAGGUUUAUACGUUCGCAUCUUUAAUCCCUUUUUCUUCGUUUCUCGCGAGGUGUAACGAAUAAGCAGCGGACUCGGGAUUUCAGGAUCGUUUAUUUUCAUGCACAUGACGACAUUACAUUUUUACGAGUUGCUUCAAUUC